GGGCACAGGUGGGUGGCACUGCUGGGCACAGGUGGGUGCACUGCUGGGCACAGGUGGGUGGCACUGCUGGGCACAGGUAGGUGGCACUUCUGGGCACAGGUGGGUGCACUGCUGGGCACAGGUGGGUGCACUGCUGGGCACAGGUGGGUGCACUGCUGGGCACAGGUGGGCGGAACUUGCGGGUGGCAUUGCUGGGCACCGAUCAUAAGGGCACUGAUCAUCAGUGCCCUGAUGAUCGGUGCCAAUCCCCGCUCUGACAACUGCCGGUUCUCGGCAGUACUUUCCUCACGAUCUGACAGCGUGAGGAAAGUGCAGCCGAGAACCGGCACUUGC